GCAAGGUGACUCGGUGAUGCAUUAGUGUGGUCUGCACUUCCUCUUCUUUGAUUGGGUGAAAUGAGUUGAAAGUAAUUGGAUGAGGGAGUGCCCUGCAUAAUUUCAAUAAAACGCCGUUUUAAACGUCGUUACAGCUGGCACAGAACGCCGUAAAAAAAACGCCGUUUUUAUGCAUCUUUGAACGGCGUUUUCUGCCGAGUGGCGGAAAAAACGGCGUUUCCGUCUGUCUUUGAACGCCGCUUUUUACGUCACUCGGAUGGUGCGUUCAGGGCGCCAUGUGAGAGUCGGAAAAAACGGCGUUUGUCGAAACAGAACGCCGUUUUUUUCGGCGUUUUGAAUAAUUAAACCGCGUUUUUUACGCCAUUUCUUAACCAAACGGGUUAGAAAAGUGGCGAUAUUUGGCACUAAUGGCUUGCCACACAGAGGAGGGUUAAGGGCGUUGGCUUCUUCAUCUUCAUGUUUGGCAUGUCCUGGAAGCUCGCACUUUAGACCAUCAUGGGAUUCCAUUUCAUCGGUCUGGUCUCAAAACUUUAUAGUGAAUACUACAAGAAUCUGACCAAAAAGGUGCAAACAACCCUCGCAGAGGCCAAUAAAGUUGCAGAAGAAACCAUCUCAGCCAUGAGGACGGUGCGGAGCUUUGCCAACGAGAAUGGAGAGGCCGACUCCUAUUACGCCAAACUCUUAGUCAUGUUCCAGCUCAACAAAAAACAAGCCCUGGCCUACGCUUGCUACAUGUGGUCCAGUUGUAUCUCAGAGCUUGCUCUCGAGCUGGCUAUCCUCUACUAUGGAGGCCACCUUGUGAUUACUAAUCAGAUGAGUAGCGGCGCCUUGAUAUCUUUUUUCAUAUACAUGCUAGAGCUCGGCGAAUGUCUUGAGAGCAUUGCAUCAGUGUACACGGGCCUCAUGCAAGGAGUUGGAGCUGCUGAGAAGGUUUUUGAGUAUCUGGAUAGGAAACCCGAACACCCCUCUGAUGGCACAGAGGCUCCGGAGACAUGCGCCGGUCUGGUUGAAUUUAAAGACGUCACGUUUGCCUACCCGACACGCCCUGAAACUGAUAUUCUCAAGGGGGUGUCAUUCCUCCUGCGUCCCGGAGAAGUGACUGCCCUUGUGGGACCUUCAGGCAGUGGGAAGAGCUCCUGUGUGAGUCUUCUGGAAAAUUUCUACCUUCCUCAGCAAGGCCAGGUGCUGCUGGAUGGAAAGCCUGUUCAAAGCUUUCAGCAUGACUACCUCCACUCCAAGGUGGCUCUUGUAGGUCAAGAGCCUGUGCUGUUUGCCCACACAGUUGAGGAGAACAUUACCUAUGGCCUGACUGAUGUCCCCAGGGAGGCAGUGCUGCAGGCUGCCACCAAGGCUAAUGCUCAUGAUUUUAUUACCACUCUUCCUAAAGGCUAUGAAACAAGUGUUGGCGAGAAGGGCACACAGUUGUCAGGGGGACAGAAACAAAGGGUUGCCAUUGCAAGAGCUCUCAUCCGCAACCCUCGUGUUCUCAUCCUGGAUGAGGCCACUAGCGCUCUGGAUGCAGAAAGUGAACACAUUGUUCAACAGGCUCUGAACAAUGUCCUGCGGGACCACACCGUGUUGGUGAUCGCCCAUCGGCUCAGCACAGUGGAGAAGGCAGACAACAUUAUUGUAAUUGACAGAGGCCACGUGGCAGAACAGGGAGCUCACAGUGAGCUGAUGGCCAGCGGCGGACUCUACUCUAAGCUGGUUCAGAGGCAGGUCCUGGGCAUCGAGACCGGGUCGGAGGACCUACACUCGCCACAAAACGCCAGCUGGAAGUCAGGUGGAGGACAGCAGUGGAGAGGACGAAGCAGCAGCGGCAGCCUGAGCGAGUCUGAGUGUAGUGUGCGUUACUGAGAACGACCUGCAGUGUGUAGAUGUGUUAUGGGGAUUGUUUUAAUGUAAUUAUUUUAAAUAUUUUUAAAAGAAAGAAUUCUGUCAUCAUGCACUUUAAUUGUUUUGCUGUCUCUCUGAUAGGUUAGUUUGGGUUUUGCAGCCUUGAUGGCCUCCCUCACUUGCACUGACCUCUCUUUGGGUUCAUAUUUAAAAUUACAGUGAAAAGCUAUAAAAUACACAAUCAAAACUUUAAAUCAAUUUCAGAUAUUACAUUGGUAAUGAAAUAGCAAGGGAACGGGCCUCAGCUGGCCAUGAAAGUGCUUGUACAGCUACAGGGACAAAAAAACGACAAAAAUUGUAUGUCUCCAACAAAUUAUGGACCUAUCUGUUUCCGAACAUAGAAAACAGGGUGAAGACAAAUAAAACUUGAAUGGAUUGCCUGUUUGGCUAUUAUAUUAGCUUUAAGGAAAAUGUGUUGCUGUUGAUGUGCUACAAGAGAGGCGUGAUUGUAUUUUGUGUUUUUGUUUACCUCCACAUUACACUCCAGCCAUAAUUAUUAUUUUCUUGAAACUUCCUCAGGAUUUAGUUCUGCUGUUGUAUUGUUUACGCUGUAGCAGGCAUGGAGAUGCUGGCUUGUUUUUACUGUGUGGAGUAGGUGGUAUUAUUAGUAAAAAGAAAAGACAGGUGCCUUUGUCUGGAAUAGUGUGCAAUAAGAAUAUUAUAUGAUUGAAAAUGAAUAGCACUACAGAAACAUACUGCAAUUGUAUUUAACACUGACAAUGAAAAGUAAAUGUAGCUAAAUAAAGUAUUCCUUUAUUUUUGCAGACAUGUUCUUAUAUAUGUAUGUAUAUAUGGCAAGUGAAUAUAUUCUGUAUAUGAUGGUAAAAUCCCUUUUUAAACGGCAAUAAUGGAUCAUGAAAUAUGAAUCUUACACUCUGUUGAUCUACGCUGUGUCUG